AUGGUUCUUCCUUCAUCCACAAGGGCAUCUCCUCCUCUUCUUCUUGGGGAGGAAUCCACAACCACAGUUCACACUCAUCAUCAUUCUGUUGGAGAAGUGUUUGGAAUCACCGUCACCACUACGGAUUAUCAAUCAUGGCUCGAAGAUGAGGAUUCACAUCAACAACCUCUUCAUGUGGAGCAUUCCAAAAAGACGCCAUUGCAAGCUGAAACCAUGAAUUUCAACCACCAACCAGAAUCCUCUUUCAAUACGAAUUACAACAAAAAAGAGAGUUCCAGAGAUGAAGAAUUGAAACCAUCAUUAUCAUCAACACAUGUUAGCGCAUCGGCCAACAACGUACGAUCGUUUUGGUUCAUCUUCUUUUGGUUGUGUGCCCUGCUGACUCAUCUCAUCAUGUCCACCAAUCAGGUCAUUUCAAGAUAUCUUCUUCACUAUGGAGGAAAACAAAUGGCCAUUCAACCCUAUACCUUGUUGUGUUUAUCCAACUUGGGAGCACUUCUACUGUAUACUCCUCGAAUGCUUUACAAAUAUGGUCGAGUGAGUGCCAUUGAAAAGGUCAAGUGGAAUAUUCGACAAGCAGGAGGAUUUGGAAAGUUAUUAUAUCGCCAUCGAAAGGUAAUCGGAAUGAUGUGUUUGUAUCAAAUCUCGAUUGUGCUUGGUUCGAGUUUGAGAGAAUUUGCCACCUUUUUUACAUCCUCCACUUAUGUGCAAUUGAUCUUGCUGACUAGUCCUUUCAUUAUUUGUUUUAUGGGAAUUGUUGUGUUCAAAACUGAAAGGUUUUCAUGGUUGGAUUUGUGGACCUUAAUCUUUACAGUGACUGGUGCUGUCAUGAUCAUUUUGGCAAGUGCCACUCGAGUCACAGAAGAUGCGAAUGGAAAUCCAGUUGAAUUUCAAUGGAAAUGGUGA